AUGGUUCUCUUGUCCAAACUCACAAGCCUUUGUACGCUCGCCACGCUCAUUUCCUGUACCCAAGUCCCUACCGUCAAGGGAACUCCCGCCGAGAGUGUCGACAUCAACAUGCAGAAACCAGGCAAUCUCACCAAAAUGAUAGACAUUGAUCCCGGUAUCACGCCCAACCCAUUUUACGCCAUCGCCUAUAGAACUCUUUCUUCGAAAAGCGUCAAGAAGGCCAUAAAAGUAGGAGCCAACGCCUUACACCUAGAUGUCGUUCCGAGGGUAGACGACCACGUUCCACCAGGAAAAUUCGGAUGGUUCACAGAACGCGAUGAUAAAUCUCCCACAAAGAAAGGACGCAAAGUCAAAGGCAUCUUUGAUACCAUUGCGGGACAGCGCAAAAAAGGCAAGAACAUCACCUUUGUCUGGCUGGCCGUUCAUAACCCGGAUUUCUGCACGCCUCACUACCAUUAUUGUUCGUUCGCGGCGCUUCGGGACCUUGCACGCGAGAUUUUGCAGCCCAAGGGCAUACAUGUGCUUUAUGGAUUUCCUUCCGUGGAGAGUGAAGCGUACAAGUCUAUUCAGGGUGACUUGAAUGACUUGGAGGCAGUCAGCAUCAACGGGCAGGACGGGGAGGUCAAGGCUGCGUUUGAGCAGUAUGGGCCUAAGAACGUCACCAAGCGGAUCAUGUCGUAUGGAUACAAGAAGCCGGCGUUUCAUUUUGGCAACUGCACAGAAGAGAGAUAUUAUAUUUGCUCGGAGCUAAAGAAGGGUGCUGAGAGUAAGAGUGAAAUUGGGAAGACGUUCGGCUGGACGCUGGUGACUCGACAGACUUACUUCGCUUAUAAGUUGAUGGAGGUGAACGUUGAUGGUCUGGUUUUCGGCUUCAGGUACACUGAGUUUGGGGACUCUGACCGCACGCGUUCUGCGUUGAGGUUUAUGAAGAACUGGGUUGAAAGACAUCCGCAUGUUCGGUACAUGGCAACUAACGAUGAUAAGCCCUGGGCGAAGAGCAGGUAUUAG